AUGGUGACUGCACAGCAAAACUUGGAAGAUAAAAAGCUGGUAAGCAGACGGAUCCUUUGUGGCACGUUAAAAAAGAUUUGGUCUUUUUUAUUUGGAAAAAUGUUACUGCCCGUGGAAAACAUACAACACUUUGACCAUGAGUUUGCAGCAUCAACCUCUUUCCAUGGUUUACAAAAUGCACUGCAAAGCAAACCUAGAAUUCGCAGGGUUUUCUGGAUGGUUGUUGUCCUUGGCUGUGUAAUUGUGGUUUUUUCUCAGAUCACCCAGUGUUUCAUUCGCUACUUCAGCUGGCCAACAUCUACAUCUGUCACUAUAAAGUAUGUUGAGCAAAUUGAAUUUCCUGCUGUUACUUUCUGCAACUUAAAUAGAUACCAAGCCCAAGCAGUAGCCAACAUGAACAUCAUAUACAUGUUGUGGUCUAUUGUGUGUGUUGCUCUAAGACUUGUCCAAAGUGGUGGAAAUAGCAGCAUUUCUCAAGAAAUCCUAGACUUUCUUCAAGGAAAUCCAUCUUUCAGCAUCAAGAAUUUCACUAAAAAAUAUGGCUACCAACUUGACGACUCUACUCUCUUAAAAUGUGACUUCUUUGGGGAGCCCUGCUAUGCAAAGGAUUUUCAACAUGUUUUUACUGAAUAUGGCAGUUGUUACACUUUCAACCAUGAUGAUAUCGUUAAAAAGAGAGCAAACUUUUCAGGAAGAGGACUAAGCGUGAUGCUUGAUAUUAAACAGCCAGAAAUGACCGAUAAUCCUUCCUUUGGCUUUACUGAUGCUGGAAUUUCCUUUGUUAUCCAUCCACCUAAGGAACCACCACAAGUUGAGAUAAUGGGUUUGUUUGCAGGUGUUGGGAUGCAUGCUCAUGCCGCAAUACGGCAACUGAAGACAAUAAACCAAGAGUAUCCAUGGGGAGAAUGUAACCCCAACAUGCAGCUGGAAUAUCAUGACACUUACACAACUUAUGGCUGUUUACAAGAAUGUAAAUCAAAGCAUAUAAAAGAACACUGUGGAUGCACACCCUUUCUGCUGCCAGGAAGUGGGCCUGAAUGUGAACCUGAAAAGUACUACAACUGUGCAUAUCCCAUUCUCCAUUACAUAGAAAAAAAGGGACUUUGCAAAGCAGGUGCACACAGCUUCAACUGUCCAAUUCCAUGUGAAGAGAUCAAGUACUUUACUACUGUGUCUUACUCAACUUUUCCAAGUCACAGGGGAUUGCAGUUUCUAUCUGAAAAAUUUCAGAAAAGCAAACAGUACAUCAAGGAAAACUUUGUUUACAUUGAUAUAGCUUACAAGGAUCUCAACUAUGAAGUGACUCAGCAGCAGAAGGCACUACCAGUUACUGAGCUUAUUGGUGACAUCGGGGGUCAGCUUGGUCUAUUCUGUGGUGGAAGCGUGAUCACUAUCAUUGAAAUCCUAGAAUACCUUCUCACCAAAUUCUAUUGGAUGUGUAUAGUUUGGCUACUAAAACCACCAGAAGUACUGAAUAGAACUAAUGACAUUCAAAAUCCUCCUGCAAAAGAAAAAAGGCAAUUAUCUCCUAAAUAG